UCCGGGGUCCGGCUUCCUGCUCGCCACAGCUACCUCCCCGCCCGCCUCUGCCGCCCCGCAGACUCCGGCAGCUUUAUCGCCAGAGUCCCCGAACCCGCGCUUGCUUUUCUGUCCCCUGCAUCACCGGCGUGCCCCACCAUGUCAGACGCAGCCGUGGACACCAGCCCCGAGAUCACCACCGAGGACUUAAAGGAGAAGAAGGAAGUUGUGGAGGAGGCAGAGAAUGGACGAGACGCCCCUGCUAAUGGGAACGCUGAGAACGAGGAAAAUGGGGAGCAGGAGGCUGACAAUGAGGUAGAUGAAGAAGAGGAAGAAGGUGGGGAGGAAGAGGAGGAAGAGGAAGAAGGUGAUGGAGAGGAAGAGGAUGGAGAUGAAGAUGAGGAAGCUGAGGCUGCCACAGGCAAACGGGCAGCUGAAGACGAUGAGCUAAGUUAAUGCAGCUUCCAUCAUGGAAAGGUUCCCAGCCCUGGACCAGAGGCUUUUCCCAGCUUCGGAUCUGACUGGAGUCACGGCCCUGGAAAGCCAGACUGGAGGCUGCUCUUUAGAGUCGCCACACA